ACGUGUUAUUUCUUAUAAGUUCAUUAACCAUUCUUUCUGCAAAAGUAUAUAAUCAAGAUCUACAAAAUACGCAAGAUCAACAAAACAACAUCCGGUUGUCCGGUUGGCGCAGUUAUUAGCGCACUCGCUUCCCAACAAAGUAUUCCGGGUUCGAGUUCCGGCCUGGACAUAUGCGAGUUAGAUUAGUGGUCACAAAAACCGACAUUUGAGUUUUCUCCUGGUUCUUCGAUCUUUCCCACAACUCAUCACCACACUUUCGCGCAACAUCAUGCUAAGAAGAGUGACUUAACAAAAGUUGAUAUAACUAUCUUCACAUCCUUGGUAAAAUAAAUGCAAUUUAAACUUAUAAAACAAUGGGAACAGUGACCAGCCAGGAAGCCUACAAUUUAACCCAACCGUCACAGUCCACUUAAAACAUUUACCAAACCAAUCUUUCAAAAAAGCAAAAAAGUUAAACUUGAUCACAAAUGGGCAAGGGGCAAUUUGAUAAAGCAAGAAGAACAUUUAAAUUUGAUAAACGCUUUCUUAAGGUUUGGUAGUUCACUCUUACGCACAGGGUACAGAUCGUAGAAAAAUCAGCUCUCUGUAUGCUUAUCAAAUAUUGCCCUUUUUGGCCACUGUAAGCGCGAGUGAGUUGUUAUCAGCGCUCCUUCACGUAUACCCUGGGAGAUAACAGACAUUGCCCACGCUGGAAUGAGGAAGCCCGACCGUCGACUGUUUUUAAGAUAUUUCAACACAUCCAUUUGGACUUAUCAGACGUGAUUUUUAAGAUCCUGUAAUAUAUAAAGCAUCGCAGUGCAAUGAGAACACUGACAGGAGCAUUGUUUGUGUUGGGCUUGGCGGCCAUUGUUUCCUCAGAGGGGGAUUAUAAACACAUGGAGGAUUGGGCUCAUCAAUGGUAUGACAACGAGCCUUACUACUUCCGGUGCACGGAAGCACUCGGCAACAUUUCCGCGCACGACUAUGAUCGCGUAUCUUGGGUCACUCCCAAAGGGGUGAUAGAAAGUAAUACAAGCGACUAUUAUACACUCAGAGACGCAGAUGGAGUCAAGUCAGCUGAAAUUGUGAUACAUAAAAUCGAGCCAGCUCUGCACGGAGUUUACGUCUGCAAGGUCUACAAUGUCAGCGGCAAUUUGGUGAACAAAACGAUAUUUGGACUAAACGUACAUGAAGCGAAGCCUCGUUCGUAUAAAGAUAAGUACCAACGUAACAUUAACGUCGCCGUCAUAUCGUCAGCGGUAUUCCUGGUUCCGGUGUUGAGUUUGUGUCUCCUUCACCACUACAGCUGGGAAAAACGUCAUCCGGAAUUCAUGGGGCGAAAAAAGUAUGCAGUAGACGACAGUCACGAGAUGAAUCGGACGGCAUCGAAAAAUGGCGGGCUUGCAGCUACUGUGGCGUCACCGGAAGGCAAAGGGGCGUACGAAAAUCCGGAUGGUGUCUCAACACAAAUGUAGACUGUUAAUGGACAGUGUACUGAAUGCAUUUGGCUUUUAGUGACGGCAGGUACCUCAAAGACAUGUUCAUCUAUAUAAGGGAAUUGAGGGCAUGCAAUGUAAUCUACUACUUCGUUGUCAUCAUUAUCAACAUCAUCAUCAACAAUGCUAACCACCUGAUUUUAGUGUUUAACAUGUACCCAGUUUCAGUUAUCCAACUGGUAAAGCCGUCUUUCUCGUGUGUUCAAAAUGAAGUCCUAAUUCAGUAAUACUUUGUACAAUUCUGAUCAAUAUCCAGUUGCUUGCUACAUCUACACGUGCAUAAACUCGUGUUCACAUCUUUCUUUCUCGAAAAUACAUAAACAUAUAUAUCUCAACAAUUGUGUUUUGUCAGGAAAAUGUGUGAAUUUGAAACUUCUGAAAAGUAUGGCAUCCUAAAAAACAAUUGUAUUAUGCACCAGUCAAUUGUAACCACGCCCCCCAGGUCCGAGGGUAUACCCGCGCCAAAAAACAGCGAGUGGGCCUUACCUAGGGGUGCGGGGGCAUUUGUCGGGGAUUUUGCCAGCAGUUCGCCGCCGCAGGGUGGGGAUUUUACCCGGGCUUGGCUGGACCGAAAGUCAAAGUACCCGCUUUUCCCCGGACAUAGGGGCCGUGGUUACAAUUGACCGGUGCGUUAUUAUACAAUGACUCCUUUUAUCUACACGUCCUAAGAAAUAAAAUGUAAACAUGUGAACGAAUGCUAUAAAUAGAACAAAUAUAUCAAUAAUAAUAGAGGAAAAGUGCAGAAUUGAAAGAUAUUUCCCUUCGUUAGCAGGAUUCGAACAUAGGCCAUCCUCUUGAUUUACAUGCCUAGUCGUUAACGCUGGGCCACAUAAGCAUAUUAACCGUGGGUGGUGUUAUAUGGCGUAAAAUAUUUAUAUCGGAGAUGUGUCAACAUCCAAAUGCUUGUGUUUAUCGUUGUAAGGAAAUUUUAAGACGCUUUAAAGCUAUCAGUUGCUGUCAACCUUUUUGUUAUUAUUAGGUUCUAGGAAAACAUUCAAGAGACAUAAUCCAACUUUGUGUUCAAGGUUAUGGACCCGCCAAUACAAUCGCCGGACAGAUUCACACUUAAUCAUUAAGAAGAGCUCUUGCAACCCAAUCUCCUUUUAAAUAGCAGAUUACAACCGCCAAAUAUCCACUUAAUAAUGAAUACAAUCGCCAAAUUCCCAUUUAUUCGUUAUUGGUUUUAUUAACUGAGGUAUUAUAAAGCUCGCGCAUGCGCACUGGUUAUUAUAGAGUCAUUCUGUAGGCAUUUCGCGCUGAACAAUUAGAACAUUUUUUGGUGUUCUAAACGAUUAUUCAUUAACUAAAAUUAUUAUUGUUAUUAUUAGCCCAUCUGGUCGUCUAAAUAGUUUAAAACGACAAAAAUAAACACAAACUAUAACACA